GCCGGGCCUGGAGUCUGCUCCCAGGGUCGACCUCCCAGCCAGCUACAGGCGGGUCAGGGUCCCCUUGUCGCCAACAUUCCCUUCCCUCUUGGCUGACACACUCCGAGGGGCCAAACCCUCGGCCGAAUUUUCUAAGGGAAGCCUUCACCUUUUACUCCCUCCCAUAUUGAGCCUCACAAUGCCCGAGCAGGGGUCCUACCCGUGUCUCGUCUACCUUUCGAGCUCUGAAGGGGCAGGGUCCUUUCACUCCAAACCCCGACACACCCCCUGUGUGAACGCCCGGACUUUUCCAACUCACUGACUAUCCACACUGCACCCUGGACUCCUCCACUCAAAGAGGGCGAUAUGACAGUAAAAGGGAUAAGGGGUUAAGCGGACACCAGAGGAGCGGACAGAGGGGACCGGCGCACUGACCGGAGGUGGAGGGGUGGAGAUACCUGGACAGGCUGGCAGUCCGCGUGUUGGGUGGAGGGCCCACUGAGCACACUCACCUGCCUAGGGUGCGGUAGCCCUUUCUUGUAUCGCAUCAGGUCAGCACGUGCUUCUGUCUCACAGAGCUGUGCUAAACUGACCCCACCCAGCGGAGGCCCCAUUCCUCCUCCUACCUGGUCCUCUUCUACCUGGACUACACCUUUGCCUCAGGGGAGCCCUCCGUGAGGAGAGGACAAAGGACACGCUGGUGACUAGAGUGUCUACGUGUUUAGAGUGCCAUUCUCUACUAUCUCAUGGCCGCCAUGCAGCAUGGUGGCAUACCUGUGACCAACACGGAAUCCUGUGCCUGACUCUGGACAAUCCAGAUUUUCUUCAGGCCACAGUCCCUCUCUGUACAAUCCAGACGAAGGGAACAGUGUUCCUGGGGAGCCAAAACUGGGCCAGAAUUUACAGCUCUAUGGAGGAACCAAGGGCGCACAUCAGGGCUCCUUCAAGCUAGACCAGGAAAAGUGGACAAUCCUGUAAGCAGUCUCAAGCAUCCCAGUAUCUGCUGGAUAUGGGCAGUAGGUGGCAAGGAGGAACUCUGAACAGUAGCUGUAGAGAUGGGAGCAAUGACUGGGUAACCCUAGCCCCUCUGAAGGCCCCAGAAUCUGAAGGCCUGCUUCCACUUCCUUUCUGGGGCCAUGACCCAAGGAGGUAAAACAUGCUCAGAUGAAUCGUGAUUGAGUCACCCCAGAUUGGCAAAUGCCCCUUAGAGCCCAAACCUUGGCCUCCACCCAUCUGGGAAUGAGGGGUGACUGGCUGCUGUGCUCUAGUUGCUAAGGCCUCUUAGGAUCUUGAGAACCCCAUCUUUGAGCUCCGCCCCAAGGCCCCACCCCUCUCUAGGAGGGAAAAGGCACCUGCUGGUAGCUCUACUCACAGGCACUGGGACCUGGAGCUGGAGGACUGGAAGACACGCUGCUGCUGCUUCUGCUGCUGCUGCAGCUUGGGCCAUGGACCCCCAUGAGAUGGUUGUGAAGAAUCCAUACGCUCACAUCAGCAUCCCUCGGGCUCACCUGCGGUCUGACCUGGGACAGCAGUUAGAGGAGGGCCCCUCUUCAUCUUCCUCCUCUGAGAGUCAGCCUCUGCCUUCAGGAACCUGUGCCCCAGAGCCAGCAGGCCUCUUGCAAACCAGUGAAGCCCCAGGGCCCAAAGGUAUCAAGGGUACCAAAGGCGCUGCUCCUGAGCAGAACCAACAGACCUGGCAGUCCCCCUGCAAUCCCUAUAACAGCGGGCAGCGUCCAUCAGGACUGACUUAUGCUGGCCUGCCGCCUGUGGGGCGUGGCGAUGACAUUGCCCACCACUGCUGCUGCUUCCCUUGCUGCUCUUGCUGCCACUGUCCACGAUUCUGCCGUUGUCACAGCUGCUGCUGUGUUGUCUCCUAGCCUGACUAUCCAACCUCCAGGGCUGUGGGGCCCAGGCCUCUGCUCAAUGCCAAAGUGAUGCUGGACAUCAGGAGCGGCCAUUGUCAUGGGCAUCAGCCGCUUCUUGCCCUGGACAGGGGAGCCUGUCCACCAGGAAGGCUCAGCGGGUGCCCUCUGGAAUACGGUCCCAGCCACUAGCCAUGUGGGCAGCAAUAGGGACACCCUUCACUUCCUGAAAGACUUUGGCAAUAAAGCAGGGUGAGCAUUGUGCC